CAGUGGUGGCUGACAUUCCCAUUUUGAACCCUUGUACUUCGACCUGUAAUUGCUUCAUAUAUUUGUUGCUAAGGAAGAGCACAGAUUAUAUCCUGGAUGACAGUUACUCACCUUUCUAAAGCAAUGAUAUCCAGUUGGUCCAACAACUGAAUCUUUAAUAAAUGAUUCCAGUCGCUGCCGUCGACGCUACCACAGGGUUUGGGUGUAGAGUUUGGAAUCCCUGCGCUGCGUUAACAAUGAAGCAGAGUUCGAACGUGCCGGCUUUCCUCAGCAAGAUGUGGACGCUUGUGGAGGAAACCCACACUAACGAGAUCAUCACCUGGAAGCAGAAUGACCAAAGUUUUCUGGUCUUAGAUGAGCAACGAUUUGCAAAGGAAAUUCUUCCCAAAUAUUUCAAGGACAAUAACAUGGCAAACUUUGUGAGGCAACUGAAUAUGUAUGGUUUCCGUAAAGCAAUACAUAUCGACUCUGGAACUGUAAAGCAGGAAAGAGAUGGUCCUGUAGAAUUUCAGCAUCCUUAUUUCAAACAAGGACAGGAUGACUUGUUGGAGAACAUUAAAAGGAAGGUUUCAUCUUCAAAACCAGAAGAAAAUAAAAAUUCGUCAGGAAAUUUUUUUUUUUUUAAAAUCAUAAGUAGUGCUCAGAAGGUUCAAAUAAAACAGGAAACUGUUGAGUACAGGCUUUCUGAAUUAAAAAGUGAGAAUGAGUCCCUUUGGAAGGAGGUGUCAGAAUUACGAGCAAAGCAUGCACAACAGCAACAAGUUAUUCGAAAGAUUGUCCAGUUUACUGUUACAUUGGUUCAAAAUAACCAACUUGUGAGUUUAAAACAUAAAAGGCCUCCUUUAAACACUAAUGGAGCCCAAAAGAAGAAUCUGUUUCAGCACAUAGUCAAAGAACCAACUGAUAAUUACCAUCAUAAAGUUCCACACAGUAGGACUGAAGUUUUAAAGCCAAGGGAGAUGAUUUCAGAUGACAUCAUUAUUUACAAUGUUACUGAUGAUAAUGCAAAUGAAGAAAAUAUCCCAGUUAUUCCAGAAACUGGCCAGGAUGUUAUAUAUGGUCCCUCCAAUUGUACCCAGUAUCCUGAUAUUGUCACCGCUGAAGAUGACAAUGAAGAUGAGUAUGCACCUGUCAUUCAGAGUGGAGAGCAGAGUGAACCAGCCAGCGAAUCCCUAAGUUCAGGCAGUGAUGACAGCAACCCUCUCAUGUCUAGUGCUGUACUAAAUGGUUCAUCCCGUCUGACCUCAGAAGACCCAGUGACCAUAAUGGAUUCCAUUUUGAAUGAUAACAUCAGUCUUUUGGGAAAGGUUGAGUUGUUGGAUUAUCUUAACAGUAUUGAUUGCAGUUUAGAGGACUUCCAAGUUGUGCUAUCAGGAAGACAAUUUAGCAUAGACCCAGGUCUCCUGGUUGACUCUGAGAAAAAAGGAUUAGAAACUACCAAGAACAAUCUAGUUCAGCCAGUUUGGGAAGAGGCAAGAAAAUCUAAAUCCAAGCCAGAUGAGCAGCUUAUCCAGUACACUGCCUUUCCACUUCUUGCAUUCCUCAACGGGAUCCCUGCUUCUUCUGUCGAACAGGUGAGUACAACAGCAUCAUCAGAAGUUAUGUCCUCUGUAGAUAAAUCUAUAGAAGUUGAUCAAGUGAAAUUUAUCCUACAGUGCAAACACGCAAACACAAAUCUAUAAAUAUGGUGUACUAUAUUAACAUAAUGAAGAACAUAAACCAUACGAUCAUCUCGAUAGAUGCAGAAAAAAAAAUUUGACAAAAUC